ACUAUUUAACACAUGUGUGUGCAUGCAACGGUAUUUCUUACAUCAUAUUUACUGCUGUGACCUGUGUCUGUACUAAAGUCGAAUUCUUGUAGAAUUAGGGGAGAAUUAAUAGAUAAACAACGAUGUCGUAUUGUCGCCAAGAGGGGAAGGACCAAGUUCUCUUUGUCACAAAGGAGGACCAUGAAAUCCCAAUCAAGGAGGAACUCAAAUAUCUUGCUGAGGAAGAAGAACCAGAAGGUUUGAUCCUUGCUAAUGGGGAUAUCAACUGGAGUUGCCCUUGUCUUGGAGGCAUGGCCAGUGGUCCCUGUGGUAUGGAGUUCAGGGAGGCCUUCUCCUGCUUCCACUACAGCACGGCCGAACCCAAGGGGUCUGACUGCAUAGACAAUUUCCGGAAGAUGCAGGAAUGCAUGGUCACCUACCCUGAACUGUACCCCAUGAACGAGAAGUCGGAUCCUAGUGAAUCUGCGGACAUUGUUCAAGAAGCGUCUCAAGAAGAGAUUGAAAAGGACCAUGCAAAAAGUGAAACAGAAAAGGAGAAUGUCAGCUAACGUGUAAGGAUAGAAGAGGGAGAAAGCUCUGGACUUUUAUACCUUUUUUACCUGUUAUAAUUGAUUUAUCCAAUGAAUAGGAAUCAUACUGCUGUUAAAGUCACCGACAACAAAAUAACUUGGUGCUGAUAUGACUUCCCUGCUCGAUGAAGAAGAUAUGGCAUUCUUUUGAAAUGCAAUUGCUUUGUUAUGGCAUCAUAUGGAAUAACCCUGAUUACAUUCUCCAAACAGUCAUCAAAAUUCAUAGAUUGUCUCAAUUUCCACUUCUUAGCUGCGUCAUAUUAUUGCACUGUGAAAUUAUGGUCAAUACUUCUUGGGUGUGCUGCAGGAGCCUACAUGUAUGUCAUAUGCAAUCAGUAAAUUCCCAAUUGCAAAUUAUUCUUGUUAUUGCCUGGAACAUUCAUUGAUCAAUUAUUUCAAGACUUAUGAAUGAUUAUAGGAUGAGUAAAUUGACAUGAAGUCAAAUGCAAGUUUCUUUCAUCACCCCCAUACUUUACUAUGUUCACUAAACCUCAUAUUUUACCUAGGAUUUAACAAAAUUCAAAUUCCUUUCUUUAUAAUAAAUGAGUGCAACUAUAAGUAAUGAGACAAUUACCAGGAUAUAGUGAUGCUUGAUUUCAAUCACUUUCAGUUUCAGUGUUGUUUUUAUGGUUAUGAAUAUCUUGUGUGUUUUUAUGGUUUCAAAAUUUGAAUAGAUCUGAAGUUGUUUGCUUCAUUUUAUAUAUGAUUGUAAAAUGAGACCAAACAUGAAGUAAUUCUGAUAAUUUUACGGAGAAUAUUUUUUUUUUCAAUAAGAAUGUAUACACUACAGGAAUGAACCAAAGUGCACAUGUAGAUUGUAGAUGAUAACAACAUGUAUUGUUUCAUAUGUUGUGAUUCAUUUCUUGUAUCACUUUCACAAAAGUUUACUAUUUGAUGAAUAUUUCACAUCAGUGCCAGAUGCUAAGGGGAAGAGUGGAGUGCUGUCCCAUUCUUGUUCCUUUUGGUGGAGCUGGACAGCUGGUUAUGGUGACUUAACCAUACUGCUUAUAAAGAACUUGCAUAUUGUUCUUCCCCAUGAAACGUCAUCAGACUAAAAAAUAAGAUUUGUCUUGCACCAAUUGUAUAACAAAUUAAGGGGCAAAAAAUUAUCAACUGAAUUCAUCAGAGUUUUGUUGGAGAUAAAAUGUGCAUGUGCACUGUGAUUAUAAAGAAAUAUUACAAGUAUUACCAAUCUUUCUUUUAAAGUUGAAAGAUAUAUAUGCAGCGUGCCUCAGCUUUCAAAGGAAAAACUCCAAAGAGAUUGGCAAUACUGUCCAAAUGGUAUUAAGUUUAUAUUUUUGGAUGCUCCCUUUUAUUCAUACACUUAUUAGAGAUCUUAUCACAUUGAAGUGGAGUGAGCAUGUACUAUUAUUUCAGAUAUAAUUAUAAAGAAAUAAUUGGUGUGUGAAAUUUGUUUUACUUUUUCUUAGAGAUGUCCAAUGCAGUUCUUGUAAUCUUGGAUAAAGUAUGUAAUUUUGAUAUAAUGAAGGUCAUGCACCACACAGCAAUUUCAGUGUGUAAGUUUGAAAUGAAACCUGUCAUCAUGCAACUUCUGAAGGUUUUCAUGGCAAAGAAGAAUAGUGUAGGCCGGUGUCAGGGUACACCAUGUAUCUUUCGUGGACACUUGAUGAUCCUGAAAAGGCAUACAGCACCUUGACAGAGUAUACAAGACCUGUUUUUACAAACUUUGCUCAUUCUCCUGAAGACGACAAGAACACACUUGUCAAAACGUCGAGUUUGGGUGGUCCUUUUUAAUUUCAGGACCAACAAUUGCCAAGAUAGAUACACGGUGUACCACGAUACCUGUCAUGUUAUGUAACUCUCAGUUCUAAUAUAGAUGCUAUUUCACCAUGGUCUUUAGAUCAUCUAUUAAAAUUGUAACCUUGA